AUGAGAGGAAUGAAAGUACGGAAUGCUGGGUUUGUAAAGUAUAUCAACCCAAAACAUCGCAGGAAAUAUACACUGAACUUGAACCCGCACCUCAACCGGUCUAGUAAUAAAGCCGAUAAUUCUGGUAUCAACCAGAAGGGAAUAACAAGGACUCGCUCUGAAGCAAAUCGGAAGAAUAUGUCUAGAGUGACCAAGAGGAAAAUAGAUCAGUUGUUUUUGGGCAAUAGUCAUAACGGACUCAAUUAUUCAAACUAUAGUCAUAGAAAAACUCAUGAAAAAUAAACAAACUUGGGUGAAUUCUGGACAUAAUAAGCCCAGAACCUCUCAUGACAAGUACCAUAGGCGGGCAGAAACACUUUCUGUAGAUAGGAAUCUGAAAAUUCUAGCUGUGAAUAAGCCAAGCAGUAUUGAAAGGCAUCAUUACAUGAGGCUGAAAAAACCUAACCAGACUUCCUCAAGGAUAAAUCCCUAUAUGGAGAAGGAAUUCAGAGCAAAGCAAGCAUUUCCUUCUGGGAGGGAAAAGCCAUAUUUGACCUCUAAGCUGGAUAAAAGACGUUCGGGUUCAAGUAACAAAUACAGUCGGAAGAAAUUGCUACCGAAAGAUAAUUUCCCCGAAGCAAUUCUCAAAACUUAUCAUAAGGCUACAAAUUUUGAAAAUCAUGUGACUAAAUUUUCAUUCGCAACUAAGGCAGGGAAGAGCCUCCGGAAUCCGAAGAAAAAGAACCAGGAUCAGUACAUCAUUGAGCCAAUAUUCAAGGGUAUGAAGGAUGUGCACCUUUUCGGUGUCUGUGAUGGGCAUGGAAUCAACGGAAAAUAAUGUUUCAGAAUACAUCAAAGAGACCUUCCCUAAGAUCCUUUCUGACAAACUUGAUAAGUUAUUCAUGGAAAUCACUCCUGAUCAGACAGUCGGUUCUGAGAGGUUCAAAGCAGUUCUAACAGAGACAUUCCAUGAAGUCAACACUGGUCUCUACAAUUGCACUUUUGAUAUUAAGCUCAGUGGAAGUACAUGCAUAAUGUGAUUAUUUUUGAAAGAUAGGGUCUUUACAGCAAAUGUUGGAGAUUCCAGAGCAGUAUUGGUCAAACGCAAGCAAUUAAUAUCAAAAACACUUAGUAGUACUCCUAAUAUCAAUAGAUAUGAUAUCAAAUGAGUGCCUCUAAGUGAAGAUCAUAAGCCGACUCUUCCAGAUGAAUUAGAAAGAAUAUUAACCUUUGGAGGCAGAGUAGAUCCUGUUUUUGACCCUUCAGGCAGGCCUAAAGGGCCUAAAAGAGUUUGGCUCAAGCAUUUAGAUGCUCCUGGUCUAGCGAUGUCUAGGUCUAUGGGAGAUGCCAUUGGUGCCCAAGCUGGCGUCAUCUCUAUUCCUGAGAUCAAGGAAAUCAAAAUCAAACAAGAUGAAGAUUGCUUCAUCAUUUCUGGAUCUGAUGGGAUAUGGGAAUUUCUUCCAAAUGAAGAAGCAGCUGAAAUUAUAAUGCCAUAUUAUGUGCAGAAAAGCGCUCAAGGAGCUGGUGAAGCGCUUGUUAAAGAAGCAUAUUAUCGAUGGAGAAAUGCUUCAGAAGGCAUGGUAGAUGACAUAACAACAGUAAUAAUGUUUUUGAAGUAA